AUGCAGCCACCACAGACAGUGCAGAUCGACUCCAGCAUGAAGACAGUCACUUCUCUGCAGCUUGCCCUGUGUGGCCUCUCUCUCAUAUCGUGCCUGUCUGAAGGAGCAGUGCAGGAUUUACCAAACCCUCCUCCUGUGGACUGUGUCUGGGGACGAUGGUCUGAGUGGGUUUGUGAUAAUUGCACGAAAAUAAGAAGACGUUCACGAUCCAUAGAGGCGUUUGGGCAGUUUGGAGGCCAAGCGUGCCGCGGCUCUAUCGGGGAGAGACUGGCCUGCAUACCUGAAGGGACCUGUGAAGCACCACCACCUCCAGGAUGCUCCCCAACUGAAUUCAUAUGCGAGUCAGGCCAGUGUAUCAAAAUGAGGUUCAAGUGCAACGGAGAUUUUGACUGUGAUGAUGGGUCCGAUGAGGAUUGCGAACCUGUCCGAAAGCCAUGUCUUAGUCUUGAUUUGAUCAAUAGUGAGCAUGGCAGGAGAGCGGGAUAUGGAAUCAACCCCUUAAGUGCAGAUCCUCGACAAAAUCCGUUUAACAAUGAUUAUUUUGGAGGAAGUUGUGAGAGAGUGAGAAAUCCGUCCACUGGGAUCAUGGACAGAAUUCCUUACAAUGUUGGAGUCCUUAACUAUAAGACUGAGAUUAAAGAGACUGUUUCCAGGGAGAUAUAUGAAGAUUCCAACACUCUACUCAAUGAAAUACUCACAGAAAUAUCCUCGGACGUUCGUGUCGGAUUGUCCUUCAAAUUUAGUCCCAGCGAGCCUCCAAUGUCCGGAGCGGAAACUGGAACGGAAACUGGAACCGGAACCGGAACCGGAACCGGAAGCACAGGCGGAAGUAACCUCUCAGGAAACUUGGGCAUUGAGCCACAAGUGGAGAAGAAAAACAUAGUUAAGGAUGUGUCAUCGUACUCCACCAUAAAGAACAAGAGCUUCAUCAGGGUCAAAGGAUCCAUACAACUGAGCACUUACAGGAUGCGAUCUGAUGAUUUAAAAGACACCAUUGAGGAGAAAAAAAUAACCGACAGAAUGAUCCAAGAGUGUGUUAAAGUCGGGAUCAGUGCCGGUGUUAAUGCCGGGUCUGCGGAUGUGUCGGGGAACAUUAACACGGAAAAUUGUAAAAAACUUACUAAUACUACAGAAAAUACAAAAUCUGGUAAAGCAGUUGUGGACAGAGUGAUAUCUGCCAUUUAUGGAGGUACUCCUGAGGCUGCUGCUGGCAUGAAGACCCAGCUGACCAAAGAGGGGAUUCUGGACAUGAUGACCUUUCAGACCUGGGCAAAAUCUAUUGGGGAAGAGCCCACACUAAUGGGCAGUGAGCCGGAGCCUAUCUACACACUGGUUCCGCUGGAGCUUCCCAACGCCAACGAUUUAGUUCUCAACAUAAAGAGAGCUUCUACAGAGUAUGUGGCAGAGUACAGUUCGUGUAAGUGUAAGCCUUGUCAAAAUGGAGGCACCAUUGCGCUAAUAGAUGGAGAGUGUCUGUGCUUGUGCCCUCCAACCUACGGAGGCCUGGCAUGCCAAAAUUACAAUCUCAAAUCUAAGAACAUGGACACCCCACCGGCUGUGGCUCAGAUCGGUAACUGGGGGUGCUGGUCGAGCUACUCUGAAUGUGUCGGAGGGAAGCAGAGCAGAACUCGCAGAUGCAACACUGAAGGCCUCCAACGUGCAUCGUGUGUUGGAGAGAGCAUUGCAGAGGAGUACUGCUGA